CGCCGCUGCCCUCCGUCCAUUGGCCUUAGGCUCUUUCCGUUUCCGCCCAACCCUCCGCAAUCCACCAAUCAUCUUGCGCGCUUGGGAAGACACCGCCUCCCAGGCCGUCGCCUGGGCCCCUCGGUCUCCUCAGGCUGCUGCCUCCGCUGCUGGCUGCCUCCUCCUUCCCCACCUCCUCCGUCCGGGGAGCGACCGCGGGGGCCCGAGGGGCGGCGGUGGCGGCGGCGGCGCUAUGGAGCCUGGGCCCGGCGGCCGAGGCGCUGCGCGUGGACAGCGGCCACCCAGCGCCGCUCAGCCCCGCGAGCAGGAGCGGAAGCUGGAGCAGGAGAAGCUGUCCGGGGUGGUGAAGAGCGUCCACCGGCGGCUCCGCAAGAAGUACCGCGAAGUGGGAGAUUUUGAUAAGAUCUGGCGAGAACACUGUGAAGAUGAAGAAACACUUUGUGAAUAUGCUGUUGCAAUGAAAAAUUUGGCAGAUAAUCAUUGGACAAAAGCUUGUGAAGGAGAAGGGCGCAUUGAGUGGUGUUGUAGUGUAUGCAGAGAGUAUUUCCAAAAUGGUGGGAAGAGAAAAGCACUUGAGAAAGAUGAAAAAAGAGCUAUACUCGCCACUAAGACCACUUCAGCCUUAAACAUGCAUGAGUCUUCUAAACUUGAAAGUCAUUUAACCAACUUCAGCUUUACAAACCCUGAAUUUAUAACUGAGUUGCUUCAAGCCUCAGGAAAGAUCAGAUUACUUGAUGUUGGCAGCUGCUUUAACCCAUUUUUGAAGUUUGAUGAAUUUCUAACUGUUGGCAUAGACAUCGUCCCUGCUGUAGAGAGUGUAUAUAAGUGUGACUUCCUGAACUUACAACUUCAGCAACCACUCCAGCUUGCACAAGAUGCUAUAGAUGCUUUUCUGAAGCAGCUGAAAAACCCGAUUGAUUCUCUUCCUGGAGAACUCUUCCAUGUGGUGGUUUUCUCUCUUCUGCUUUCCUAUUUUCCAUCACCCUACCAGCGAUGGAUUUGCUGCAAGAAAGCCCACGAGCUGUUGGUGCUAAAUGGCUUAUUACUCAUCAUCACUCCUGAUUCUUCCCAUCAGAACCGCCAUGCUAUGAUGAUGAAAAGCUGGAAGAUUGCUAUAGAGUCCCUGGGCUUUAAACGCUUCAAGUAUUCAAAAUUUUCUCAUAUGCAUCUGAUGGCAUUUAGGAAAACCUCCCUAAAAACCACAAGUGACUUGGUUAGUAGGAACUAUCCAGGGAUGUUAUAUAUUCCUCAGGAUUUCAACAGUGUAGAAGAUGAGGAAUAUUCUAACCCUUCCUGCUAUGUCCGAUCAGAUGUAGAAGAUGAACAACUAGCAUACGGUUUCACAGAGCUCCCUGAUGCUCCUUAUGACUCAGAUUCUGGAGAAAGUCAAGCCAGCUCUGUUCCAUUCUAUGAGCUAGAGGAUCCCAUCUUACUUUUAAGUUAAUGUAAAAGCAAAAAACCCUUCCAGUUCAGACUCAUAAACUAAUUGCUUACACUAAUCGGAAAUACUAACAUGAACUCAGUACUUAAAACCUGGUUUGUAUCGUAGAAAUGCAAAGGUUUACAGAGUUUGCUAUUUUUUUCUACUUCUGAAUUUCAGAUUUUAUUCUUAUAUAGGAAGCUUAAAGUUUCAUGCAGAGUGACUUCUGUCAUAGCAGAAACCACUGUUACUUUAGCGUUUCGCACUAAGAUAAAAAGGUACCUUUUUUCUCUUUAGUACUAUUGUGAUAAUGAAGCCUAAUUUACUGUGUAUUUUCCCUUUCAGUUCAGCGUUGACUUUAAACCAUUGUAAUGAGGAACUUUAAGAUGUGUAGGAUGCUGUAGACUGCACUUUGAUGACUCACAAGUUAGAUAUUUCACAGAUAGGUUGUUUAGUUGUUUAGUUGUUUUUGUGGUGCACUUAUUUUUUUCUUUAAAUUGUUACCUGUUACAGAAAGACAUUUUCUCUUCAGUUUCAUUAGACCAUUCAGUAUUUCCUGAUCUUUUUUGAAAUUGGUGACAACUGGUUUUCCUUUAUUUCUUACUAAGCUCAUUUGGCAAUAUUAGACAUUGGGAGAGAAAUUUCCCUAAAUACAUAUUCUAAUUUUAUUAGCACAGUACAAUAAACACCAUUGCCAAAGUAGUAUUUUCAUGACUCUUAUGAAAUUGGGUAUUGGUGUUCAGUAUAUUUACCUGUGAAAGUUCACUUUUAUUUUUUAAAAUUUAGAGUUCAUUUACAAAAUUUGCUGUUGAAGCAAGGAGCAAUGUAUAAUACUUAAUACUGACUGAAAACACCUUUGUGAAAGGGUUUGCACUUGUACGAGUUUAUGUUCUGUUGAGACCAACUCUGAUAAGGUCCUCGCCAGUCCAUUAAGGAGGUGCUGCACUACAAGUCUGGAAUUAUAUUAAUGUUUUUAAUUAACCCUCUACUGAUACUCUUAUAAAAUGGUCUUGACCUUUUGGUAUCCUAAUUUCUUCCUAAGCCCUAGCAGAAAGUUUUCUUUGACUAAAUAAACCAUUAGUUGGCUGUGGGAAUUUUCCCUUUCCACAUUGAUAAAUGCCUUUCUGUGUUUCUGAAUCAGAAGCAAAUGAUUAAGGAGAACUAUAUGUCCAAACAAGACAAGUUUAAACAGUUAAGAACAUUUAGUCCUCAUUGUCUUGUCAGCCAGCAGUUGUCAUGUAAACUAUCAUUUUUAAGAGUGCCACUGUGUGGAUUUUUUUCAAGUGGUUAUUACAUUAAAAUUACCUCAUACUGAGGUUUUUGCACUGAAAUAUCACAGUUUCAG